GAAAAAAACUCUUCAUCUCUGAGCUCGUGGAAGAGACAUGCCACAGUUCCACUAUAGCCAUAGGCUCUUAGCCGAUCACCGCUAUUAUAUCAUAUUUCCAGUAACCCGACGCCCCAUUAGCUGCUGCGGCCUCAAACUCCAACCAGUAAUGCAAAAAGCUAAUCAGUAAUCAUUUACCGAAGCACCACCAAACCUGAACAAUGUCUCUGCGCUUCUCUCACUUCGUAUCCCUUCUCCUGCUAUCGUCCUGUUGUUUCUAUCCAAUUUUUGCGCACAGCGAUGAUGAUCCAGCGAUAAAAACCAUGGAGGAGUUCUCCGGAUACCCAAGUCAUGCUUCCUCUUCUUGCGGACCAGACUGGAUAUCUUCACUCUCCGUCCGUUCUCGAGAGUUACAGCAACAGAUUGAUGAGCUAUCAACUUUCUCAGAUACGCCUGCUCCAUCGGUGACAAGAAUCUUGUACAGUUCGAAGGAUGUUUUGGCUCGUAGGUACAUCAAGAACUUGAUGGGACUUUCUGGUCUCUCUAUCAGAGAGGAUGCUGUUGGUAACAUAUUUGGCCGAUGGGAUGGCUAUGAACCAGAACUUGCUGCAGUUGCAACUGGCUCUCAUAUUGAUGCUAUUCCGUACUCUGGGAAGUUUGACGGAGUUGUUGGCGUUUUGGGUGCAAUAGAAGCUAUUAAUGUGCUAAAAAGGUCUGGCUUCCAGCCUAAAAGGUCAUUGGAGGUAAUCAUGUUCACCUCAGAAGAGCCCACUCGAUUUGGGAUUAGCUGCUUGGGAAGCCGCUUGUUAGCGGGCAGUGAGGCACUCGAAAAAGCUCUUAAAAAUGCAGUGGAUGGUCAAAACAUAUCCUUUCUUGAUGCUGCAAGAUCUGCUGGAUAUGCAAAAGAUCCAGAGGACUUAUCUACUGUGUUUUUGAAGAAAGGAAGCUAUUCUGCUUUUGUAGAGUUGCACAUUGAGCAGGGUCCUAUUCUGGAGGAGGAAGGUAUUUCUAUUGGUGUUGUGACUGCCAUUGCAGCUCCUGCAAGUAUCAAAGUGGAUUUUGAAGGCAGUGGAGGCCAUGCAGGGGCUGUCCUGAUGCCACACAGAAAUGAUGCAGGAUUGGCUGCUGCGGAAUUAAUGCUAUCUGUUGAGAAGCAUGUAUUGGAAUCUGGAUCUAUAGACACUGUUGGUACCGUUGGUAUUCUGGAGCUGCAUCCUGGAGCAAUCAAUAGCAUCCCGAGCAAGUCACACCUAGAAAUUGAUACUAGGGACAUUGAUGAAGAGCGAAGAAAUAUUGUAAUAGAAAAAAUCCAUCAAUCUGCAAUUAGAAUAGAAGAGAAUCGUGGAGUUCGGCUCUCAGAAUUUAAAAUUGUCAACCAGGAUCCCCCAGCACUUUCAGAUGAAUCAAUAGUUAAGUCAAUGGAAGCAGCAACGAAAGACCUAAAUCUGACACGCAAGUUAAUGAUUAGCCGAGCAUAUCAUGAUUCGCUGUUCAUGGCCAGAAUCUCACCAAUGGGCAUGAUUUUCAUUCCAUGUUACAAAGGAUACAGCCAUAAACCUGAAGAAUAUGCCUCCAUUGAGAAUAUUGAAAAUGGGGUCAAAGUAUUAGCAUUAGCCCUUGCCAAGCUAUCGCUGUCUUAGCACAUCCACAAUUUCACAUUGAUCAAGGUGCCUUUCAAAUCAAAGUGUGCUUUCUCCAUUACCUUCUGUAUUAUCAUUUUUCAUAACCAUUGCAAACAUAGAAAAUGGGUGCAAGGGCUUACCCUCCUCCACAAGCCCCCCUUGUAUUUGAGUGCUCCUUCUAAGAGCAGACCUUCAACAAGAAUUUGCUUUCCUUGUGGACGGCUUUCAUAAUGUUAAUGAAGUAAAAAAUGUGAUGUUCUAAA